GCCCAUCCUAAUUAGAUCCACAACCCAUUCAUUCUCUUAACCAGGAAGCCCUACGCAGCUGCCUCUAUAUAUAUUAAGCAUUUUAGGGUUUUUUCGUUCCUACAUCUGGCGAACGCUAAUCGCCUGUCGAGAGAGUCGCCAUGGGGAGGAGACCAGCAAGGUGCUACAGGCAAAUAAAAAACAAACCUUACCCAAAAUCACGCUACUGCCGUGGUGUCCCUGAUCCUAAGAUCAGAAUUUAUGAUGUUGGGAUGAAAAAGAAAGGUGUUGAUGAGUUUCCUUUCUGCGUCCAUCUUGUUAGCUGGGAGAAAGAAAAUGUUUCGAGUGAGGCACUGGAAGCUGCUCGGAUUGCAUGCAACAAAUAUAUGGCUAAAUUUGCUGGAAAAGAUGCAUUCCACUUGAGGGUUAGAGUACAUCCAUUCCAUGUUCUUAGGAUUAACAAAAUGCUUUCAUGUGCUGGAGCUGAUAGGCUCCAAACAGGGAUGAGAGGUGCAUUUGGAAAGCCCCAAGGAACAUGUGCUAGAGUGGCCAUUGGUCAGGUUCUUCUUUCUGUGCGUUGCAAGGACAGCAACAGCCAUCAUGCUCAGGAAGCCCUCCGUCGUGCCAAGUUUAAGUUCCCUGGUCGCCAAAAGAUCAUUGUUAGCAGAAAAUGGGGCUUCACCAAGUUUAGCCGUACUGACUACGUGAAGUUUAAGUCAGAGAACAGGAUCAUGCCAGAUGGCGUAAAUGCUAAGCUUCUUGGAUGUCAUGGACCUUUGGCUAACCGGCAGCCCGGAAGAGCCUUCCCGCCCACCACUGCUUAGGCCGUCGUUUUCAUACUUGGACCAGCAUAAUUAUUAAAGACUGAAUUUGAGUGUUAUUUGUUUUUGGUACUGCUAAGAGUUAACUUCCGUUUGUGCGAACUUUUUAAGUGGAAUGAAUUUUGUUUUAUUUGUUA